AAAACCGGCGACAUCUAAACCCCCAUACUGCUUAUGGAGUAUGGAGACAUUACUGUACUUUAAUCUUCUUCUUUACCGUUAGUAUGUGUUUUUAGGACGUGGCUCUUCUCGCCUCCUCUCAUUGGCUGCUGAGAGAUUUACUUUAAUCUGAUUGGUUGUUCAGGUUGUCCGACCAGGCGCAGAAAUAAAUUUCAACCGCUCCCAUUGGAUCGCUGUUGCACACACGAGGAGGGUCUUCAAGACUUGCAAAGGGUUCAGUUUGGGUUCAGGAUGAAGAUCGCUGUGAUCGGCCAGAGCCUUUUUGGACAAGAAGUGUAUAAAGAGCUGAGGAAGGAGGGCCACAUUAUAGUUGGGGUGUUUACUAUACCUGACAAAGAUGGCAAGGCUGAUCCACUAGGUGCUGAAGCAGAGAAGGAUGGCGUGGCGGUGUUUAAGUUUCCACGCUGGAGGGUAAAGGGCAAAGCCAUUGAUGAAGUGGUGGCACAGUAUAAGGCCGUGGGAGCUGAACUCAAUGUACUGCCCUUCUGCUCUCAAUUCAUCCCGAUGGAGGUGAUCGACCAUCCAAAGCACGGUUCCAUCAUCUACCAUCCCUCACUGCUGCCCCGCCAUAGAGGCGCCUCGGCCAUUAACUGGACUCUCAUUCAUGGUGACAAAAAGGGUGGAUUUACAGUGUUUUGGGCCGAUGACGGACUGGACACUGGGCCAAUCCUGUUGCAGAAAGAGUGUGAUGUUGAGCCUGAUGACACAGUGAAUACCAUCUAUAAACGCUUUCUGUUUCCAGAGGGAGUCAAUGGGAUGGUGGAGGCAGUGAAGUUAAUUGCUGAAGGUAAAGCUCCUAAAAUUAAGCAGCCGGAGGAAGGAGCCACAUAUGAGUGCAUUCAGAAGAAGGACAAUGCAAAGAUUGAUUGGAACCAGCCUGCAGAAGCUAUUCAUAACUGGAUCCGAGGAAAUGAUAAAGUCCCUGGAGCCUGGGCAGAAGUUGAUGGAAAGAAUGUGACAUUUUAUGGUUCUACAUUAGUGGAUAAUGGAUCCACAGCUAAAGGGCAGCCUUUAGAGAUCCCCGGAGCGAGUCGACCAGGUCUGGUCAGCAAGAACGGCUUGAUUCUUUUUGGCAGCGACGGCAAAGCGCUGCUGGUGAAGAACCUGCAGUUUGAUGAUGGGAAGAUGAUUGCAGCUGCUCAGUAUUUCAAGGCUGCAUCCAGCACUGCAGUGGAGCUCACAGAGGAGGAGAAGAACUUUGCUGAGCAGAUGAGGGUGGUCUGGAAGAGCAUUUUGACUAAUGUUGAAAUGAUUGACGACUCCACUGAUUUCUUUAAGUCUGGUGCUGCUUCGAUGGAUGUAGUCAGGCUGGUGGAGGAGGUGAAGUUGAGGGCGAGUCAGCUACAGCUACAGAAUGAGGAUGUUUACAUGGCCACAACCUUUCAGGAAUUCAUCCAGAUGUGUGUGAGGAAGCUGAGAGGAGAGGAUGCUGAGGAAGAACUAGCUGUAGACUAUGUAGAGAUGAAUAUCAACAACAUGACUAUCCGAAUGCCCCACCAACUCUUUAUAAAUGGAGAGUUUGUGGAUGCUGAAGGAGGAAAAACCUACAAGACCAUUAACCCUACAACUGCACAGCCGAUCUGUGAUGUAUCUCUAGCUCAGAUCUCAGAUGUGGAGAAAGCUGUGGCAGCUGCUAAAGAGGCAUUUGAGGAUGGUGAAUGGGGCAAAAUGAACCCCAGAGACAGGGGCAGACUCAUCUACAAAUUGGCAGAUUUGAUGGAACAGCAUCAGGAAGAGUUGGCCACAAUCGAGUCGAUAGAUUCAGGAGCUGUUUACACACUGGCCCUCAAAACUCACGUUGGAAUGUCCAUUCAGACAUUCAGAUACUUUGCCGGGUGGUGUGACAAGAUACAGGGUUGCACUAUUCCAAUCAAUCAAGCUCGGCCCAAUCGCAACCUCACCUUUACUAAAAAAGAGCCAAUUGGAGUGUGUGGCAUUGUAAUUCCUUGGAACUAUCCUCUGAUGAUGUUGGCCUGGAAAACCGCAGCCUGUCUGGCAGCUGGAAACACUGUGGUACUGAAACCUGCACAGGUGACCCCAUUGACUGCUGUGAAGUUUGCAGAAUUGAGCGCAAGGGCAGGUUUUCCUAAAGGAGUAAUCAACAUCCUGCCUGGAUCAGGCUCUCUGGUUGGUCAACGUUUGUCAGACCACCCUGACGUGCGCAAACUGGGCUUCACUGGUUCCACUGAGAUCGGCAAACAGAUCAUGAAGAGCUGUGCGAUCAGUAAUGUGAAGAAGGUCUCUCUGGAGCUGGGUGGUAAAUCUCCUCUGAUUAUUUUCAGUGACUGUGACCUGGACAAAGCAGUCAGAAUGGGGAUGAGUUCAGUGUUCUUUAACAAGGGGGAGAAUUGCAUCGCUGCAGGCAGACUGUUUAUAGAAGAAUCCCUGCAUGAUACAUUUGUCCAAAGAGUGGUUGAAGAGGUAAAGAAGAUGAAGAUUGGUGACCCUCUGGACCGCUCCACUGAUCACGGGCCCCAGAACCACAAAGCUCACAUGGACAAACUAGUAGAAUACUGUGAGAGGGGAGUCAAAGAGGGAGCCACACUUGUGUGUGGGGGGAAACAAGUCAACCGACCAGGUUUUUUCUUUGAGCCCACUGUGUUCACUGAUGUGCAGGACCACAUGUACAUCGCUAUUGAGGAGUCCUUCGGCCCUGUCAUGAUCAUCUCCAGGUUUAAGGAAGGUGAUGUGGAUGGGGUGCUGCAAAGGGCGAAUGCUACCGAAUAUGGUUUGGCAUCAGGAGUGUUCACGAGGGACAUCAGUAAGGCUCUGUAUGUAAGUGAGAGGCUUCAAGCUGGAACAGUGUUUGUCAACACCUAUAACAAGACUGAUGUGGCAGCUCCCUUUGGAGGUUUCAAGCAGUCUGGUUUUGGCAAAGAUCUGGGUCAAGAAGCUCUCAAUGAAUAUCUGAAGACGAAAGCUGUAACAAUAGAGUACUGAAUUGUCUAGAUGAAACAUCAGAAAAUUGUAAGAGUGUACUUAAUUAUUUCAGAGAAAAAAGGGACAAACUGUUAAAAUGAAAUGCAUAGCUAUUUUAAAGAAUAUUACACCUUUGUUGUAACAAAGCCUUUGAUAUUUCUCCUUAUUUUUCACUCAUUUUACCAACGAUUCAGACAUGAUUUUAAUUUUUUAAACUAUAUUCUGAGGAGAACAAUGAGAAUACUGAAAAAGGACAUUCACGUAUUUAUAUUGCAAGAAUGGUUAUUAAUGUUCAAUAGUUUUUAUCAUUUAUAAUUAUCACUGCUUUUUGUAAAUGAAUUGAUGUAUUUUAGUCUUAGGCCACACAGAAAUAAAUUGAAUCUAAUAUUUUCUCA